AUGCAUUCCAUGUGGAUAGAGGCAAAGGCAGAGGGGAAGCCUAUAUCGGGCCGUGACAUUGUUGAGAAGGUCCUCAAGAAAAAGAGUCAGGAGGAGCUGCUAAAAAGCCAGGCUGAGAAGAUACAACUUCAGGAAGAAAAGUUAAAGAGCCAGGAGGAGAGGUUUGAUACUCAAGCAGAGGAGAUGAACCAGAUGAAAGCCGCCCAGGACAAGCUACAGCAUCAAGUGCUAGUGAUUGCUCGCCAAUUACCCCGCAAAUGA